AUGAGGAUGGCAGAGGGGCUGUGCUCCGCUCGCCAGGGCCUGGCCCACGAGAAGGCGAUGCUGGCGGUGGAGCUGGCGAGCACGCGCGCCAUGCUCUGCGAGAAGCGCGGGGUGUGUGCCAUAGUCCCCGUGUUUGAUAUGAUGAACCACGAAGGCCGGCCAAACUGCCGGUGGUCGAUGGACGAGCGCGGCGACGUGUCCAUCGUCGCCCGGUGGGACAUCUCGGUUGGCGAGGAGUUCACUCAGUCGUACACCGACGGCUCCAACGCGGACAUUUUUGUGGUGUACGGCUUCGCCCUCGGCGGCGAUGCUGGCAGGGCGGCCGGUCUUGAUCUGCACGUCUGGCUGCACCCGCAAGAGCAGCAGAGGUACGGCACGCAGAUGCAGGCCACGCUGCGAAUUCUGGGGAGCGGAGCCGUCAAGCAGCGCUCCGCGGUCGCCCCGCUGAUGACGAACGCGCGUAUCGUCGUCGAGGACGAAGGAGGCGCCUCGGAGCCCCGCGCCGCCGACGCGAUCGUCGCGCGGGCCAUCGCCAGGUGCGCGGGUGAGGAGCGCGAGCAGUGGCGGGCCUUGCUGGACGCGUCGGCGUCAGGCGGACCUGCAGCCGCGGAGGAGGGUGGCAUCGCCACGCUGGCCGGGAGCGCGGCGGCGGCGCUGAACGAGCUGCUGGGGCGCCUGGAUGCCUGGCUGGCGGGGCCGCGCGAGGCCCCGCUGCUGGCGGCGCUGGCGGCAGCACCGGAGCCGGAGCUCCCAGCAACAACGACGAGGACACUGGCUCAGAGUCCAGGGGCGAGCCCGCCGGGGAGGUGGGCGGCGCCAGCUGAUCAGGCCGUCGGCGCGCGCCCCAGCGGUGCGUGGCUCAUGAAGGGGGCGUGGUUCCAGCGCGUUGCCUCUGUGUCCUCCUCGUCCUUGUCCUGGUCGUUGUUCGGGGAAC